CUCUCUCUCUACAUUUAUUUUAUGUUAAACCGACACUCCUCCAGUCUUCACCGAGAGUGCAAUAAUACUACUUUUCUGUGUAUUUCUGUGUGGGCAUCUGUUAAUCCGUCCUUGUCAGCUCAUUGUUAAUGGGAAUUGGGAAGGGGUUAGUAUUUAAGUAGCAAAGGAAAACAACACACACAUUUCCUUCUUGCUUUGCUUUACUGUGUGUGGCGCUAAUGGGACUUGCGAUACACAAUCUCUCUCUCUCUCUUUCUAUUGAUUUAACCUCUGUGAGUUGAAGAGAGGCUUUGAUUCAUGGAUACUAAAGGCAGGCUCGUUGCUGGCUCGCAUAACAGGAAUGAGUUUGUUCUCAUCAAUGCUGAUGACAUUGGAAGAGUGACUUCUGUGAAAGAGUUGACCGGCCAGAUUUGCCAGAUUUGUGGAGAUGAGAUUGAAUUCAGUGUAGAUGGAGAGCCCUUUGUUGCUUGCAAUGAAUGUGCAUUCCCUGUUUGUAGACCUUGCUAUGAGUAUGAGAGAAGGGAGGGGAAUCAAGCCUGCCCUCAAUGCAAAACUAGAUACAAGCGUAUAAAAGGGAGUCCCAGAGUAGAUGGGGAUGAAGAUGAGGAUGAGUUUGAUGAUUUGGAGCAUGAAUUUGAUUAUAAUGAGUAUGAGCAGCAGCACUUGGCCGGAGCAGCGCUUUCGUCCCGCGGCAUUGGCCGGACUGCCUCCGGCAUCACCACUCACUCGGAGAUGGAUCCCUCGGGUGUUAACUCGGAGAUCCCUCUCCUCACUUAUGGUCAAGAGGAUGACACGAUUUCAGCUGAUAAGCAUGCUCUAAUUAUCCCCCCUUUUAGCGGGAAGCGAAUCCAUCCUAUGCCAUCUUCUGAUUCAUCCAUGACAUUUCCACCACGGCCGAUGGAUCCGAAGAAGGACUUGGCUGUGUAUGGCUAUGGCACUGUGGCAUGGAAGGAGAGAAUGGAAGAGUGGAAGAGGAAGCAGAAUGAGAAGCUUCAAGUUGUGAAACAUCAAGGAGCCAAAGGGGGUGGAGAUGAGCUGGAUGAUGCUGAUUUACCCAAGAUGGAUGAAGGCCGACAACCACUUUCGAGGAAGAUACCGAUUCCUUCGAGCAAGAUAAGUCCAUACAGAAUCGUCAUUUUGCUGCGUAUGGCAAUUCUUGGAUUGUUCUUUCAUUAUAGAAUCCGUCACCCCGUCAAUGAUGCAUAUGGAUUGUGGCUAACAUCAAUUAUAUGCGAGAUAUGGUUCGCUAUCUCCUGGAUCUUCGAUCAGUUCCCAAAGUGGUUUCCAAUCAAGCGAGAAACAUACCUCGAUAGACUCUCAUUAAGGUAUGAGAAAGAGGGCAAACCCUCUGAGCUAGCUCCCAUAGACAUAUUUGUGAGUACGGUGGAUCCUUUGAAGGAACCUCCGCUAAUUACGGCCAACACUGUUCUUUCUAUCCUUGCUGUGGAUUACCCCAUUGACAAGGUUGCCUGCUAUGUGUCUGAUGAUGGUGCUGCAAUGCUUACCUUCGAAGCUCUGUCAGAGACGUCUGAGUUUGCCAGGAAGUGGGUCCCAUUCUGCAAAAAGUUUAAAAUAGAACCUCGUGCUCCCGAAUGGUACUUUGCGCUGAAGGUUGACUAUCUGAGAGACAAGGUGGAACCCACAUUUGUUAGGGAACGUCGUGCAAUGAAGAGAGAGUAUGAAGAGUUUAAAGUUCGCAUAAAUGCGCUGGUUGCAAUGGCGCAAAAGGUUCCCGAGGAGGGUUGGACGAUGCAAGAUGGUACUCCAUGGCCGGGAAACAAUGUCAGGGAUCAUCCCGGCAUGAUACAGGUAUUCCUGGGACAAAAUGGUGUUCGGGAUAUUGAAGGUAACGAGCUGCCUCGCCUUAUAUACGUUUCUCGUGAGAAGAGGCCUGGAUACGAGCAUCAUAAGAAAGCCGGUGCUAUGAAUUCUUUGAUACGGGUGUCUGCUGUCAUCUCAAAUGCUCCUUACCUGCUCAACGUUGAUUGUGAUCACUACAUAAAUAACAGUAAGGCGCUAAGAGAAGCUAUGUGUUUCAUGAUGGAUCCACAAGCCGGCAAGAAAAUAUGCUACGUGCAGUUUCCUCAAAGGUUUGAUGGAAUUGAUAGGCACGACAGAUAUUCGAACCGUAACGUUGUCUUCUUUGAUAUUAAUAUGAAAGGGCUUGACGGGAUCCAAGGUCCAAUUUAUGUCGGAACUGGAUGCGUCUUUAGGAGGCAAGCUCUUUACGGAUAUGACGCCCCCAAGAAAGCAAAACCCCCGGGCAAAACGUGCAAUUGCUGGCCUAAAUGGUGUUGCUGCUGCUUUGGUUCUAGAAAGAAAACUAAGAAAGGGAAAUCGAAGGAUAAUAAGAAAAAGACGAAGAACAGGGAAGCGACACAAAUCCAUGCACUUGAAAACAUCGAGGAAGGAAUUGAAGGAGUUGACAGUGAGAAGUCUGCCCUGAUGCCCCAGGUAAAAUUCGAGAAAAAAUUCGGACAGUCUCCAGUUUUUAUUGCAUCAGCUCUCCUAGAAAACGGCGGUGUCCCAGCAGGAGCAACAUCUGCAUCUCUCUUGAAAGAAGCUAUUCAUGUGAUCAGUUGUGGCUAUGAAGAUAAAACCGAAUGGGGGAAAGAGGUUGGGUGGAUUUAUGGUUCGGUUACUGAAGAUAUCUUGACCGGGUUCAAGAUGCAUUGCCACGGCUGGCGGUCGGUCUACUGUAUGCCCAAAAGACCAGCAUUCAAAGGGUCUGCCCCUAUCAAUCUUUCUGAUCGUCUCCACCAGGUUCUCCGGUGGGCCUUGGGAUCAGUCGAGAUCUUAUUGAGCAGGCACUGCCCCAUUUGGUACGGAUACGGAUGUGGUCUGAAACCACUGGAGAGAUUCUCAUACAUAAACUCGGUUGUCUAUCCAUUGACUUCACUUCCAUUGCUUGCUUACUGUGCCUUACCAGCCGUCUGCCUGCUUACAGGCAAAUUUAUUGUCCCAGAGAUCAGUAACUACGCCAGUAUCAUCUUUAUGGGGAUGUUCAUAUCCAUCGCUGUGACUAGCGUGUUGGAGAUGCAGUGGGGAGGCGUUGGGAUCGACGACCUGUGGAGAAACGAGCAGUUUUGGGUGAUUGGAGGAGUCUCGUCUCACUUCUUUGCUCUAAUCCAAGGUCUCCUCAAAGUUCUGGCUGGUGUGAACACAAACUUCACUGUCACCUCAAAAGCAGCUGAUGAUGGAGAGUUCUCAGAUCUCUACCUCUUUAAGUGGACGUCUCUGUUGAUCCCGCCCAUGACACUGAUGAUCAUCAACAUCAUCGGAGUCAUGGUUGGAGUCUCGGAUGCCAUAAACAACGGGUAUGAAUCGUGGGGGCCUCUCUUCGGAAGGCUCUUUUUCGCCCUCUGGGUGAUCGUCCAUCUGUACCCAUUCCUCAAAGGUUUCAUGGGGCGCCAAGACCGCCUCCCGACCAUCAUCGUGGUGUGGUCGUUUCUUUUGGCUUCCAUUUUCUCGUUGCUGUGGGUUCGUAUCAACCCCUUCUUGUCGAGGGAUGGCAUCAUCUUAGAAGUUUGUGGCUUGGACUGUAAUUAGAUACAAAUGGUAAAAAACUUUAGGUGGUGUCUGAGUGUAUAUGUAGGAAAAGGAAGCUGCAAAACCACGAUUAAUGUCGGGGUCGACAACGUCGGCAAACAUGGAAGAAACUGCAGCUCUUCGGUGGCCUCUCUUUGUCUGUGUAGAUAAAACGAUGCGAGAUCACACAUUUUUUAUUUGUUGUGCAAAAAGUUUUUUUUUAAAUGUAUUCUUUGGAUCAUGUUGUGUUCUGUAAACUCAAAUAUAUUUUCUUACCAAUAAAAGGACUGAUGGAACAA